AUGUCCCUUAAAACGAUUAUCAAGCUCGUUCAAAAGCUUUUGUCGAAGAAUGGCAGCAGGCAUCAGUUGAGCACGCAUGAGUCAAAAAUCUGUCAGAGUGAUGUUCCGAAAGAUGCCUACGUUCUUGAAAACCCGUCUGGAGCAACACCUCUCACUAUUUUGGAAAUGCUUCCUCCCGAGCUUAUAAUAUACGUGGCCCAAUUCCUACCACUUUCUUCCACAGUAUUGUUUACCUUAAGUUGCCGUGCCGCAUGCGCUAUUCUUGGGACCAGUUAUUGGACCAGUCUGCGGGCAGAAGACCAACACGAACAACACAUCGACUUCCUAUCACAAUUGUCGAAAGACCUCCCAGACUACGUACCAUGCUAUCACUGUCGAGUCCUUCAUUUAUGUACAAUGCGUUGCUCUGGCCAUUUACCCACUCAGCCUCUUUACCAAUACGACGUGACGCCAUGUCGUAAGGCUGAGGUGCUGGGCAAGGUAUCGAAAUACAUGCACAAAGACUUCCAGUUCAGAACCUUCCAGAUGGUCAUGAAGAAGCAUCGACUGGGUCUUGACUACAAGCUUUGGCUGGAGUGUCUAUACCGCCAGUCGACAACGUGUAGAAUCAUGCAGGACUCUCCAUCCGAGUUCAAGGCAGAUGCCAGGAUCGUCGAUGGCUCUCUGCUGUUCCGCUCACAGCACGUUAUUCUGAUACCACUUAGUCUGACGGUUCGUAACUGGGAUCGCUGUUCCUUCGACAUAUGUCCUCAUAUCAGGCUUGUGGUUCAUGGUACCGAGGCAAACCUGCCAGAGACUGCCAGGUGUACCAUAAACCACCUGCACGCUCUGGAGCGGUGCGUCAGGAAGUCAGGUAUCGUACCUUGUAUUGCAUGCCCGAUGGAAUACGAACUCCGUCUAGAGGAGUGUGAGGGAUUCGGUGUUGCGGCCAUUAUUACAAAAUGGAUGGAUCUUGGAGAAGGACAGACGAUCCUGGAUCCUAGAUGGUUCAGCCAUCUUUCGAACAGGUACACUGCUUCUGAUGUUUUCAGGGAAGUAGACGGUAUCAAUGGAAGAAGGCUAGUUGAUAGAGAUCCAGUCCGAUCAAGUUUUGUCUCUAUCCGAGAUUCAUUUGGACAGGAUGAAUCAUCUGGGCUUGAUCCAAUAUUGCCUCUAGAGAUAGCAGAAAGGCUAUUUCAACAAUUGCCAAGGCUACCCUGGUCCUACCCAUUCUGCGGGCUAAAGACUUGAGGCGUGCGAUUUUCUUUGAUCUCUGUUAAUCGUUAUGGCUGGAUCUGGAAGACAGUGGAC